AGCUUUCAAGAUGGACUCAACCCUAACAGCGAGUGAAAUCCGGCAGCGAUUUAUAGAUUUCUUCAAGAGAAAUGAGCACACCUAUGUCCACUCAUCUGCUACCAUCCCAUUGGAUGAUCCCACUUUGCUCUUUGCCAAUGCGGGCAUGAACCAGUUCAAACCCAUCUUCCUGAACACUGUUGACCCGUCUCACCCUAUGGCAAAGCUGAGCAGAGCAGCCAAUACCCAGAAGUGCAUCCGGGCAGGGGGCAAGCACAACGACCUGGACGAUGUUGGCAAGGAUGUCUAUCAUCACACCUUCUUUGAGAUGCUGGGCUCCUGGUCUUUUGGAGAUUACUUCAAGGAAUUGGCCUGUCAGAUGGCCCUGGAACUUCUCACCCAAGAGUUUGGCAUUCCAGUCGAGAGACUUUAUGUUACUUACUUUGGUGGGGAUGAAGCAGCUGGCUUAGAACCAGAUCUGGAGUGCAAACACAUCUGGCGAAAUUUGGGGCUGGAUGACACCAAAAUCCUCCCCGGCAACAUGAAGGACAACUUCUGGGAAAUGGGUGACACGGGCCCAUGUGGUCCCUGCAGUGAGAUCCACUAUGACCGGAUUGGUGGUCGGGACGCUGCACACCUCGUCAACCAGGAUGACCCUAAUGUGCUAGAGAUCUGGAACCUUGUAUUCAUCCAGUACAACAGGGAAUCCGAUGGCAUUCUGAAAUCUCUUCCCAAGAAGAGCAUUGACACGGGGAUGGGCCUGGAGCGACUGGUGUCUGUGCUGCAGAAUAAGAUGUCCAACUAUGACACUGACCUUUUCAUCCCUUACUUUGAAGUCAUUCAGAAGGGCACAGGUGCCCGGCCGUACACUGGGAAAGUUGGCGCUGAUGAUACCGAUGGGAUCGACAUGGCCUAUCGGGUGUUGGCUGACCAUGCUCGGACCAUCACCGUGGCGCUGGCUGAUGGUGGCAGACCUGAUAACACAGGGCGGGGCUACGUGUUGAGACGGAUUCUCCGCCGGGCUGUUCGCUACUCCCACGAGAAGCUCAAUGCCAGCAGGGGUUUCUUUGCUACUUUAGUAGAUGUUGUCGUCCAGUCCCUGGGAGAUGCAUUUCCUGAGCUAAAGAAAGACCCGGACAUGGUAAAGGACAUCAUCAAUGAAGAAGAAGUGCAAUUUCUCAAGACCCUCAGCAGAGGGCGUCGCAUCCUGGACAGGAAAAUUCAGAGCUUGGGAGACAGCAAUACCAUUCCCGGUGACACUGCUUGGCUUCUCUAUGACACCUAUGGCUUUCCAGUUGAUCUCACUGGACUCAUUGCUGAAGAGAAGGGCCUGGUGGUAGACAUGGACGGCUUUGAAGAAGAGAGGAAACUGGCUCAGCUGAAAUCACAGGGCAAGGGAGCUGGAGGGGAAGACCUCAUCAUGCUGGACAUUUAUGCUAUCGAGGAGCUCCGCUCCACGGGCCUGGCAGCGACAGACGAUUCCCCAAAGUAUAAUUACCACUCGGACCCCAGUGGCAGCUACGUGUUUGAGAACUCGGUGGCCACGGUGAUGGCUCUGCGCAGGGAUAAGAUGUUCGUGGAAGAGGUGUCCACAGGCCAGGAGUGUGGAGUGGUGCUGGACAAAACCUGUUUCUAUGCCGAGCAAGGAGGGCAGAUCUAUGACGAAGGCUACCUGGUCAAAGUUGACGACAGCAGCGAAGACAAGACGGAGUUUACAGUGAAGAAUGCUCAGGUACGAGGCGGGUAUGUUCUGCACAUAGGAACGAUCUAUGGCAACCUGAAAGUGGGGGACCAGGUCCGGCUGUUUAUUGAUGAGCCCCGUCGCAGACCUAUCAUGAGCAACCACACAGCCACCCACAUCCUGAACUUCGCGCUGCGCUCAGUCCUUGGGGAAGCUGACCAGAGGGGCUCACUCGUUGCUCCUGACCGCCUCCGGUUUGACUUCACUGCCAAAGGAGCCAUGUCCACCCAGCAGAUCAAGAAGGCAGAGGACAUUGUGAACCAGAUGAUUGAGGCGGCCAAGCCUGUCUACACCCAGGAUUGUGCUCUGGCAGCAGCAAAAGCCAUCCAGGGCCUGCGGGCUGUGUUUGACGAGACCUAUCCGGACCCUGUGCGUGUUGUCUCCAUCGGGGUCCCAGUGUCUGAGCUGCUGGAAGACCCCUCCGGUCCUGCCGGUUCUCUCACUUCCGUCGAGUUCUGUGGGGGCACGCACCUGCAGAACUCAAGUCACACGGGAGCAUUUGUGAUCGUGAGUGAAGAAGCAAUUGCCAAAGGCAUCCGGAGGAUCGUUGCUGUCACAGGUGUUGAAGCCCAGAAGGCUCUCAGGAAAGCAGAGAGCUUGAAGAAGUCUCUCUCUGUCAUGGAGGCCAAAGUGAAGGCCCAGAUCGCACCAAACAAGGAUGUGCAGCGGGAAAUAGCUGACCUCAGUGAGGCCCUAGCCACUGCCAUCAUCCCUCAGUGGCAGAAGGAUGAACUGCGGGAGGACCUUAAAUCUCUGAAGAAGAUCAUGGACGACCUCGACCGUGCUAGCAAAGCUGACGUCCAGAAGCGAGUGUUGGAGAAGACCAAGCAGCUCAUUGACAGCCACCCUAACCAGCCCCUUGUCAUUCUGGAGAUGGAGAGUGGUGCCUCGGCCAAGGCCCUGAAUGAAGCCUUGAAGCUUUUCAAGACCCAUUCCCCUCAGACAGCUGCCAUGCUCUUUACAGUGGACAAUGAGGCUGGCAAGAUCACAUGCUUGUGCCAGGUUCCCCAGAAUGCUGCCAACAGAGGCCUGAAGGCCAGCGAGUGGGUGCAGCAGGUGUCAGGCUUGAUGGAUGGCAAAGGUGGUGGCAAAGAUGUGUCUGCCCAGGCCACGGGCAAGAAUGUGGGCUGCCUGCAGGAGGCGCUGCAGCUGGCCACGUCCUUUGCCCAGCUCCGCCUGGGAGAUGUGAAGAACUGA